UGCUAGCUUGGAACAAGGCCGCUUUAGAAGACGUACGCUUUCCCUGCGGCUUGGAAUCGAGGCAGAUGGGGUGGGGCCAUCUUAUUAAAAUGGGAGACUGAGAAUAAAUACUGAGAACUAGAAAUGGCUACUGAACAAGACUUAGGUAAUCAAAACAAGCUAGCUGAGGACUUAUACGAGGCUGUAGACAAUGAUGACGUCACUAAAGUUAGGUCCCUGUUGGGACAGGGGGCAAACCCCAACCACCAGCUCUACUGGAGUGACGAGUGGGUGAGUGACGAGUGGGCGGAUAAGAGGCCUCCAUUACACUGGGCUUGCUGGAGGGGCUACCUUGAGAUUGCGAAGAAUCUUGUUACCCAUGGAGCUCGUACUGAUAAAGGUGGUGGGACGUACAACAAGACUCCACUUCACUAUGCGUGCCAGGGAGGUGAUAAGGAGAUGGUGCAGUACCUGAUCCAAGAGCUCAAAUGUAGCACUGAUGUGAGGGAUAAAUAUAACAUGACUUCUCUUCACUGGGCUUGUGUGAGAGGAAGUAAAGACGUGGUACAGUAUCUGGUGGAGGAGAGGAAGAUGGAUGUUGAUGUGAGGGAUGAUGAGGAACAGUCACCACUGGACAAUGCUAUGGAGUGUCUUGAUGAUUGUGAAGGUUGUGUGGAUGUUGCCCUCUACCUGAUGAGCCGUGGCUGUGCAUGUGGUGAUGAGGACAAAGCCAGGUUACUCUGUGCAGCAUGUUCCCUUGGCAAGCUGGGUGUCGUGAAGGAACUGGUUGAGCAACACAAAGUUGACCCCAACAGUGCAACUGACUAUGAUGGCAUUACUCUUCUUGACAUUGCUACAAUGGAGGGUCACACUGAAAUUGCUGACUACCUCAAGUCUCUACCACAACAAUAUGCUGUGACUGGAGACACUGACUCCAGGAGUGACGAGAAUGGACCACCACCAACAAAGAAACGAAAAAACACACACGCCCAGCAAGUGACUCUGAGAGUGUGUCCUAACUGUAAGGAGAGGUGUCACAUCCGCUGCAAGAAAUGUCCCGAAUGUGAGCACGAGUUCCCUCCUUCCAGUAAGAGCAGGGCCAAACCCGACCAGGAUAUUGUGAAAAACCCUUCAAACCUACUGCAGAUACUACAGAAAAAGGUUGACCAAUUGUCUCUGUUAGGAUUUGACAUUGUCGUACUAGUGCACAGAGAUUCAAGCAAAUCACAUGACACGCCCAGUCGCUCACGCCACACCUACAGGAAGUUUGUGACCCCCGGACUGGCCGAGAGCUUUGUUGAAUCUCCUCUGGUGUACGGCAGUUGGAAAGAUUUCUGUAGUUCUGACAAGACCUCAACUGGACACGCUCAGAAAUCCAAGAACCCACGAAAGAAAAAAGGAGUACAAACGAAUACUACUACUACCACUCAGGAAGGGGACAGAUCACAUGAUACGAGUGGAGUUUCGCAUGAUCAAGACAAUGUAUCUCAAGACAGCAAUGGUCCCAAUACUCAAUCACAAGCAGCACCAACCUCUACUGACUUGACACCACUCUGGAAUACAAUAUCUUCUCUUCGUCAGCAAAUCGAUUCCAUGCAAUCCAGUUUAAAUGGCCCGCCCACUCACACGUACCCUCAACACAUGUACCCCACAGCUACUGGUCUAAUGAACACAGGGCAAUCGACCUUUGUACCCGGGGGUGGUCCAUUCAACACACCACUCCCCAACCAUUUCACUGGACCUUCUUCACACAACUCAAUGCUGGGACAGUCAUCACGAUUUAAUCUGAAUCCCAUGUCCUUCCCAAUGUUUCCAUUUUCACCUGCUCCAGCAAAUUAUCGUUUCCCUUCACCGAUUACACCGUUAGAGUCGUCUAGGCAACCAAUGAACUCUGACCCAAACACUGACUCAAUAGAUCCGUGAACUUUGCAAUAGAAUUUGAAGUUAUAAAGUCAUGUACGUUGUAAAAAAUAAUUAUGCUGUAAUUAUUUGUUCUGUGCGUACUAUACUAUAAAAUACUUGAAUCAAUUAAA